AGCUGGAUCACGCCGGGGAUGGUCGUGAGGAGUGGGAAAAAGUAGGGGUCCGGGCCCACAGGGCGAAAACGAGGAUCGUCACAUGGCAUUGGCGUUGCUCGCUUCCCCUCUUCUGGGAUGCUCUUUCCUGGUCUGAAUCUGAAUGCCCACAUCGUCGGCACCGAGGUCAACUGAUCUCAGGGUCUUCCUCCUUUCCUCUCGACCACGCUUACUUGCUUACCCACUCGCAUCAAUCCUGCCCUGCUCUGCAAGCUCUCCACUUCCAAGACCGAGCUCAACAGACCCGUUCCGCUGCCACUGUCCUCGACACCAUGAACGAAUGUGCAAAACGACGAGGAGCGAUUCAUUGGUCACUGGUGGCGUCUUGCCUGCACUAAUCCCUCUUCAUGUGGGUUUGUCUCAAGUGCCACACACUCACGUCCCGACUGGCCAUUCAGGCAUGUUGCUCCGAGACAUGACAAACUAUCAAGACAUAUCACAGGCCAGGGACGCACAAUGCGUCAAUGGCUCGCAGGUGCCGGUGGCUCCGACCGCUCGUGGUGGAGGCAUGCGAUGUGUCUCUCUGGUUGUCGAGAGCCCGUACUUUGUAUUCAGAACAGACGAAAAGCCAAUUACGCCAUCACACGUGUUUGCGAUUAGCAUCUUGAGAGUCAACAACGCCACGGCUAAGACGGGAAGACACCUGAAACGGCCAUUGUAUAUUAUGUUUUCGUAGUAAGAGGCCAGGGGCUCUACCUUGGUCUGCCAGGUCUGGGCUG